CUAUACUCCACCCAUAGGACUGCACUGUAAAGAGGUUUUUGGGUGUUUUUUCUUCAAAACUGUGGUGAAAAAUGAAUGGCCCAGCAGAUCCCUCAAGCCUACUCUUCAAUUGCUCAAAUCAAUCAAAUUUCUCUUUGGAAACAUCAGAGCAAUGUGGCAAAGAGACACACCUCGAGAACAUCCUUUUUGCCACUUUCUACUUCCUGGACUUCAUCCUGGCUUUUGUUGGCAAUGCCCUGGCUCUUUGGCUCUUCAUCCGGGACCAAAAGUCAGGCACGCCUGCCAACAUUUUCCUGAUGCAUCUUGCCGUGGCAGACCUGUCCUUUGUGCUGGUACUUCCCACCCGCCUGGUGUACCAUUUUUCUGGUAAUCAUUGGCCAUUUGGCGAGAUCCCAUGCAGACUCACUGGCUUCCUGUUUUACCUCAACAUGUACGCCAGUAUCUACUUCCUCAUGUGUAUCAGUGUUGACCGUUUCCUAGCCAUUGUGCACCCUGUGAAGUCCAUCAAGCUCCGCAGGUCCCUUUAUGCCCAUUUGGCAUGUGCCUUUCUAUGGGUUACUGUUGGGGUUGCAAUGGCACCUCUGCUGCUCAGUGUGCAGACAGUUGAGAUGAAAAACACAACCAUCUGCCUGCAGCUCUACAGAGAAAAGGCAUCACGUCAUGCCCUUGUGUCCUUAGCAGUGGCAUUCACCUUCCCAUUUGUUACUACAGUGACUUGCUACUUAUUAAUCAUCCGAAGCCUGAAGAGUGGGAACAGAGUUGAGAAACACCUGAAGGAAAAAGCUAUCAAGAUGAUCAUCAUGGUCUUGAUGAUCUUUCUGAUUUGCUUUGUACCUUAUCAUGUCAAUCGCUACAUUUAUAUUCUCCAUUACAAUGGGACCAAAACUUCCUGUGAAACACAGCGUAUUCUAGCCCUCAGUAACCGCAUCACUUCGUGCCUCAUGAGUCUAAAUGGUGCCUUUGACCCUGUCAUGUAUUUUUUUGUAGCUGAGAAAUUCCGUGAGGCUUUGUGCAAUCUGUUUUGUGUUAAAAAGACUGUAAUGUUGCCUCAAACAUACGAGGGUAAGACAAAUGAAAGCUCACUAAGUGCUAAAUCUGAACUGUGAACAUGACUCGUCACUGCUUUGACUUAAGAACGCUCUAUUCCACCAAAAUCAGCUGAGAGUGCAAAUACGCAGCGAGAUAGUCCACCCAGAGUCAAACUCAUCCUGAGGAGGGAAGCUCUGUUGUUUUUAUGGGACUGCAGCUAGCAAGAACCCCUCUGACAACAGAGAUCACAUGUUCUUGUCUUACUGAAAAUGCAAACAGAAGUACAGUUCUACUGAUUUCCAAGAUGUGAAACUGAGGGCUGAAUACCUAGGAAUAGGGAAGGGAGCAAAGAGGCUAUUAAACGGACUUUUUUUUUUAAACAAACAAACAACUUAAUUCCUAAAGUAUUCAGUAAUGACUCUUUCUCUGCACAAUGCAUACAGCCUACUUUAAAAUUUUAUAUUGUGCCAGCAGUAGAGAUCCACUCCUGAGAUAGACCUGCCUGAUGAAAAGACAGCAUGCUUGCACAUGUUGUACAAGUCUCCGAAUUCAAAGUGUUUAUACAUAGUAGACAGAAAAUUGGUACUAAACGGUGGCAAGAAAAAAAGACCAAAAUGCUGCAAUGCACCCAAUCUGGACUGGAAUUAAGACAGAAAUUACAAUUUUUUUACUUCUUCCCAGCAUUCAGAGGUGGAGAUGAGCACUGAACUUCACACUACCUUUUCUAUCUGCCCUCUGCCAUUGUCUCAAAGCUGCAGACAGAGGCUGGACAACAUUUAGUACACUGCCUCUUUUACCUAGUUCCCUGCAAAACAUCAGAUAUCCUGCUCACCCUCAAACUAAAGCAUGGAAAAGGGCUGUUUAGGAAUACAUCAUUCAUCUUUACUACACACUGAAUCAUAAAAAUAUGAACCCAAAUGGCAAAAGUGAAGAAGAGUAAGCGUAUGAAGAAGUGAAGUCUACUUCGUCCAGAAGAGAUUCCUAUCUCUGAGGUGUUUUGCAAUUAUUUUUUGUAACUUAUCUAGCAAGACUAUUCCUUCAUUACGGAUAAAGUAGGGAUUAUCUUCACUAUCCUCACUGAUACAAAUUGCAUGCAGUGGAAUAUGUCUCGAAAUGACAGGCAGACUAGGGAAGACCAGGUACAAUGAGAAGCGGGAAAAAGAACCCAAGAGUUUCCAAUAAUAUUUACUAGAAGACUGCUUCUAUGCUAUGGAGACAAAUAUUAUAGGAAAUCACGUGACAGGUGAAUUAUAUUUUUUAUGUACAGAUACAUACACACACAUCCCUUUUCUAUGCUUUUGGGAAUGAGCUCCUUACCAUUUUAGAUUUGGUCCACAAAUUAUGAAAUCAAACAUACUUUAUCUUGCUUGAACUGCUUCAAUCCUGACUGCUUUCCCAAAGCACCCUAGGUACUAUCACCACAGCCCAUUCUAACAAGCUUAGGUUGCAACAGAAAAUCAAUUGUGCCCAACUCCAAAAACUAAGGCACAGAAGUUGCAUGCAGGAUGGAAGAGAAGAGGCAGUUGGGAGGACUCCCUGCUGGACAGGGUACAAGUAUAUAACCUUUCCUUCCUGUCCUGGUUUCGGCUGGGACAGAGUUAACUUUCUUUUUAGUAGCUGGUACAGUGCUGGGUUUUGG